AUUAAAAAAAAAUGUAAUUUACAAAAUAUGAGUAAUAAAUAAGUUAUCUAAAGUGCGUAAUACGUCAGAAUAAAACAUUCGAGUUCUUUGUUUUUUCUACAGUUGCAUUUGAUACAGUAAGAGUGAAACAUCAAGUUGAUAAAAAUGCUAAGAGUGCUCUUAUUGUUUCUAUUUGUGCUCAAUUAUAGUUUAUUUGUUCAUACUCAGUUCGAAGAUGAUCAGUUUGAUCUCGAUGAAGGCUGGUUUACUGAGGAAAUGUACAAUGAUCCUUAUUUUGUAAAACUUCGAGAGCAAAAAUACGGAUUUAUUGUACCAGGAACAAAGUGGUGUGGAAGAGGUGAUAAAGCGAAAACUAAGGAGGAUCUUGGAAGAUUUAAUCGAACAGAUAUCUGUUGUCGAGCUCAUGAUCUAUGUCCCGUAGUUAUCGAAGCUGGAAAAUCUUUACAUGGAUUGAAUAAUACUGAUGGUUCGAGCAGAUUAAGUUGCGAGUGUGAUGAGGCCUUCUACAAUUGUCUCAAACAAAAUCAAGAUCUCUUAAGCAAAACAAUUGGUACAAUUUACUUUGAUAUACUUAAUAAGAAAUGUUUAGCUAAUAUUGAUGGGAAGUGGGUAUGGAGAGAAAACAAAGUUUAUUCUAAUAGAACAUUUAUAAAAAAAUUAAAAACUCAUUUAGGUCUCAAUUGAAUAGCUGUAUAAAUACACGAUAAUUAAAAAAUAAAUUAUUGAUAAAGUAAUAAAAUUUAUUACUGAAGUAAA